AUGAGUGAGGACGAGGGACCCCCUGUUAUUUACGUUGAUGGCGUUCGCCAGGAUGGCAAAAAAUCCAGCACCUCCUCUUCGUCGAAUGAAGAGCAUCAAAAAGAAGCUGAUAUGUUGUUGAGAGAGAUAGGCAACGGAAGCGAAGGUCAUGGUGUCUACUCAUGGACGCCGGCACAACUGUCCGCUUUGGUUGAUCCAAAGAAUCCAUACAUUUUGCGGUCAAUGGGUGGCGUUCAAGGGCUCAGUAAAGCUCUGAAUACCAACUCCGAGACCGGAUUGAUCAACCAGCAGCUGGUUCCUGCUGAAGUUGCUCAACGGGAAAAAGUGUACGGACGAAACACAUUGCCCGAGCGAAAGGCCCAAAGUUUACUACAAAUUAUUUGGCAAACUUUGAAUGACAAAGUAUUGAUCAUUCUUAUCAUUGCUGCUGUUAUUUCGUUGGCUUUGGGUCUUUAUGAGACGUUCGGCGAGCCGGUCGAGCAUGACCCCGAGGGCCGGCCUCUGCCCAAAGUCGAUUGGGUCGAGGGUGUUGCAAUUCUCGUGGCCGUCGUGGUUGUUACAAUGGUUGGUUCACUCAAUGACUGGCAAAAGGAACGUCAAUUCGUUAAGCUCAACCGAAAGAAAGAUGAUCGAAUGAUCGAAGUUAUCCGCAACAAGUCUGAAGAGAAGAUCAAAGUUGAAGAUGUGAUGGUCGGCGAUAUUCUUGCGGUGCAACCGGGUGAUAUAUUGCCGGUUGACGGCGUCCUGAUGAAGUCUUACGAUAUUCAAUGCGAUGAAUCUUCGGCCACCGGUGAAAGUGAUACUUUGCGCAAAUAUGAAGCAGCAGCUAUCAUGAAGCGCUUGGACCACGCAACUGAGCCUCUCGAUCCAUCAAAUCACAAACUAGAUUGUUUCAUGCUUUCUGGUGCUAAAGUUCUUGAGGGCACGGGCUACUAUAUGGCCACCUCUAUUGGUGAACACUCCAUGCAUGGCCGCACGAUGUUAUCACUUCAUCACGAGAACGAGGUAACGCCACUCCAAGAAAAACUCAACCGGAUUGCCGAUGGCAUUGCCAAGUUUGGUGUCAUUUCUGCUCUAAUUCUUUUCAUUGUGCUGUUUAUUCGCUUCCUUGUUCAAAUCUCUGGCGAUAACCGGUUCUCUGAUUUAACCCCUUCGCAAAAGGGCACCAAGUUUAUGGAUAUUUUCAUUGUUGCUGUCACAAUUGUCGUGGUUGCAGUCCCAGAGGGACUCCCCCUGGCCGUAACACUAGCAUUGGCAUUUGCUACAACUCGAAUGAUCAAAGAUAACUGUUUAGUGCGUGUUUUGAGAUCGUGUGAAACUAUGGGCGGAGCCACCACUAUUUGCUCUGAUAAAACAGGCACAUUGACCGAGAAUGUCAUGACAGUUGUUGCCGCCACUGUUGGAAACGAGGAAUGGGACGAGGGUGAAAAUGCUAGUGACGUUGUCUCGAAAGUCGACAAGAAGCUAUUGGCGGACUCUAUUUGUAUCAACUCGACCGCCUACGAAGAUAGAGAAAACCCACAGGAGAUUCAAGGUUCCAAGACAGAAUCGGCUCUUCUGCUGUUCGCUCGCGAGCACCUUGGUGUUAAGCAGGGAACACUCUCGAGCUACCGUGAGUCUGCUGAGCCAAUUAAGCUUCUUCCUUUUGACUCUUCUCGAAAGUACAUGUUUACUGUCAUUCCAAUGGAGAAUGGAGGUGGUCGUCUUUUGAUCAAGGGUGCUGCUGAAAUUUUGCUUAGCCAGUGCUCCACGGUUUGGGGCCCAUCAUCCAACGAACCAAUGGAAAAGCACCGCGAUUUCCAUGCUUCUCAAAUUGACAAAUAUGGUAGCGAGGCUCUUCGUGCCAUAGCAAUCGCAUACAAAGAUUUCGAUGCGAAGCAAGUCUCUGAGAUGGAAAAUAUCACUGCGGCUGACAUCGAUGUCACAAAUUUGACUUAUCUUGGACUAUUCGGUAUCAAAGACCCUCUUCGUAAGGGUGUUCGUGAAGCAGUAGGCCAGUGCCAACGUGCCGGCGUGGUUGUGCGCAUGGUCACCGGUGACAAUGUUCGCACAGCGCGUGCUAUUGCUAUCAACGCUGGCAUCAUCAGUGAAGACGAUAAAGAUAGCAUUGUGAUGGAGGGACCACAGUUCCGUAAGCUUUCCGAGCAUGAUAUGGCUAGCAUUGUUCCCCGGCUACGUGUUUUGGCUCGAUCCUCACCGCAUGAUAAGCGAACGCUAGUUGCUUACCUCAAGGAACAAGGCGAAACUGUGGCAGUUACUGGUGAUGGUACAAAUGAUGCUCCCGCGUUGAAACUCGCUGAUGUCGGGUUCUCAAUGGGUAUCACUGGUACUGAGGUGGCCAAGGAAGCUUCUGAUAUUAUCAUCAUGGACGACAAUUUUGCUUCUAUUGUCAACGCAAUCAAAUGGGGCCGCACAGUGAACGAUGCUGUUAAGAAGUUUUUGCAAUUCCAACUUACAGUCAAUGUAACUGCUGUUGCUCUUACAUUUAUCACUGCCGUUGCAUCUUCUGAUAACGAAAGCGUUUUGACUGCUGUCCAGCUCCUGUGGGUUAACCUCAUCAUGGAUACACUGGCCGCCUUAGCACUGGCCACUGAUGCACCUGUCGACAGUGUUUUGGACAGAGCCCCCGACAACCGCAAGAAAUCUUUGAUCACACCCACUAUGUGGAAGAUUAUUUUCGGUCAAGCUUUUUUCCAACUCGCUGUCACUUUAACCUUGCAUUUCGCUAGCCCCUAUAUUUGGGGAAUCGCUGGCCAUCCUCACGACUCUAGAAAGGAUACCCAGCUUUCUGCCAUGAUUUUCAACACAUUUGUCUGGAUGCAAUUUUUCCAAUUGUUUAUUUCACGUCGACUCGACAACAAACAGAACUUCCUCGAGGGCAUUGGGCAAAACUACUACUUUAUCGUUGUUGUUUGCAUAAUUGGCGGAUUCCAGGUUCUUAUCAUGUUCGUUGGUGGCGCUGCAUUUUCUAUUCGUCGCCAAACCGGUGCCAUGUGGGCAGUCGCGCUUAUUUGUGGCUUUUGCUCUAUCCCGUGGGGUAUGGUGUUGCGACAAAUCCCAGAUGAGCUUGUGAUGAAGCUGUAUCCACGCAGAUUCGUUAGAUUCCUGCUCAUCACUCUGGAUGAGAUUGGUCGCGGUAUUAGCUGGCUCUUCUCGCCCGUCGUGAAACUGUUUGCCAUUGUUGGCAGGUCCAUCAAAUGGCUGUUCUGCAAGUUAUUCCGUGUUUCGAAGAGAGACGAGUCUACUGGAGACAACAGCCAAGCUGACUCUCGCGAUUCAUGGUCGGGAAGUGAACAGAACUAUGAAUGGAUCCCUGGCAUCCAAAAGUCUCUCGACGAGCUUGCCUUCCUCAAGUAUGUGCAUGGCGGUCGCGUUGCCAGGCUCAACUCGAACGCGAACGAGGCCACUGUCUCGAGGAGACGUCGCAUUCGCAGGAGAAACCUUUAUAUUCCUACGCGGAGUUCUCGAUCAUCUUCAGAUUGCUCUGGCUCGUCCCUGGCAGCACUCAUGGCUCCAGUGGUUGUUUCUGGUGCGAUAGGUGGAUGGCAUCCCGAGGCAAGAACAUAA